GUAAUCAUAACCUAAGAAUCCUCAGGUCGACGCACAGUGAUCAACAAAAUCACUAGUGUGUAUGAAUCAAUUUAUGAAAGAAAUCAUAUACAUUUAAAUGAACGUAUACAUACUACAUCAAUAUGUUAACGACAAAAGUCUUUUUUCGAAAGACGAAGGGAGGAAACAUAUUUAAGACCGUCAGAGAGCAUUAUCUUAGAGAUGACAUUUACUGUGGUUUUAAAAUGUGUAAGAAAUGUAGGGCAAGGCCACGAGACAUGAUAUUAGAUGAAGAGAAUGUUGGUGCAAAGUCUUCUUUAAUUCUAGUUCCGUAUUUUCUUGUACUUGACACAAAUAUAAUUUUGGAUCAAAUAGACAUAUUGGAAGAAGAUGUUAUCACCAAUGUAAUUAUCCUGCAAACAGUGUUGGAAGAAAUUCGACAUAGAAGUUCUACUGUAUAUAAGAAAUUGAAAAACAUUAUAGCAGACACAAAGCGAAAAUUUUUUGUGUUCAUUAAUGAACAUCAUCGAGACACUUAUAUUGAAAGAGAACCAGGUGAAAAGACAAAUAAUCGUAAUGAUAGAGCAAUACGAGUUGCAGUUAAAUGGUAUAAUACGCAUUUGGACUCUGAAGAUUGUAAUAUAAAAAUUGUUCUACUAACAGAUGAUGUAGAAAAUAGAACACUUGCAACUGAGGAUGGACUAUUUGUUGCAUCAAUGGAAGAUUACGUUGGAUCAUUGGAAAAUUCAAAUUACCUGCUGGAUAAAUUAUGUAAACGUUCUUACAUUUUGGAUAGUAAGAGCCCGGAUUUGUUUCCUUGUCAUUUAACGCCUGCGGAAGUGCAUAAUGGCAUAUCAUCUGGUAAACUGCUGCAGGGAGCAUUUUUAGCAUCUAGAGAAAAUUUUCUCGAAGGAAAUGUAAACGUUGAAGGAAGGGAAAAACCUAUAUUUGUACAAGGACGUAUUAAUCUUAAUAGGGCGGUCGAUGGCGAUACAGUCGCAGUUGAAAUAUUUCCAGAGGACCAGUGGUCAUCCCCUAGUGAAAUUGUUCUGCAGGAUGAGGAAGGUGCGGAUGCCGAUGACGUUCCAGAAGAUGAGAAAGUGCUCGUUAAACAGAAUUCGUCGAAAACAGUGGAAAAGACACCUACGGGUAAAAUUGUCGGUAUUAUUAGGCGAAAGUGGAGACAAUAUUGCGGAAUAUUGCAGCCGAGUGCAAUCAAAGGAAAUGUGAGGCAUCUAUUUGUUCCGGCUGAAAGAAAGAUCCCGAAAAUAAGAAUCGAAACUCGACAGUCUGAGAUAUUGAGUAAGCAGAGAAUUAUCGUCGCCCUGGACGCGUGGCCGCGAAAUUCAAAGUAUCCGCUUGGUCACUUCGUACGAGCACUUGGUAAUAUUGGAGACAAAAACACGGAGAAUGAAGUGUUACUCUUGGAACACGAUGUGCCGCACAGCCGUUUCUCUGAUGCCGUUCUUAGUUUUCUCCCAAAGCUACCAUGGAUCAUCACAGAUGCGGAUGUAGCGCAAAGGGAAGACCUUCGACACCUGGAUAUCUGUUCUGUGGAUCCGCCGGGCUGCACGGAUAUCGACGAUGCGUUACAUUGCAGAAGUUUAUCGAACGGCAAUUACGAAGUCGGCGUGCAUAUUGCUGAUGUAUCUCAUUUUAUAAGACCCGGGACUGCGCUGGACAAAGAAGCGGCUUUACGCGCCACCACUGUAUACCUCGUCGAUAAACGAAUCGAUAUGGUUCCUGAGUUACUUAGCUCAAAUCUCUGUUCCUUGCGUGGUGAGGAAGAAAGAUUCGCGUUCUCUUGCAUAUGGGAGAUAGAUCCUGAUGCAAACAUAGUCGGUACAAGAUUUUGUAAAUCUAUAAUUUGUUCACGUCAGGCUAUGACGUAUGAAGAGGCACAAUUGAAGAUUGAUGAUGCUACCCAGCAAGAUUCCAUUACGUUAUCAUUGAGGGGGCUAAAUCAGUUGGCAAAAAAAUUGAAGGCGAGACGCUUUAAGAAUGGUGCCUUAUCUUUAGCAUCUCCAGAGAUACGUUUCCAAAUAGACAGUGAAACGCACGAUCCUAUUGAUGUGGAGGCGAAAAAGUUAAGGGAAACUAAUUCUAUGGUGGAGGAAUUUAUGUUGCUUGCAAAUAUCAGUGUCGCUGAAAAAAUAUUGGCCGAGUUUCCGGAAUGCGCCAUGCUAAGGAGACAUCCUGAACCGCCACAAAGUAACUUUGAACCAUUGGUUAAAGCUGCAAAACAUCAGGGUUUCACUAUUAAUACAAAUACCGGCAAGGAGUUGGCUCAAUCACUGGAAGGAGCUAAAAAAGAAUCAAAUCCUUACUUCAAUACAAUGUUGAAAAUAUUAGCUACGCGAUGCAUGAUGCAGGCGGUGUAUUUUAUCAGCGGCAUGCAUCAGGCGGACGAAUUUAAGCAUUAUGGAUUGGCGUGUCCCAUUUACACUCAUUUCACGUCUCCUAUUCGAAGAUAUGCUGAUAUAAUCGUGCAUCGACUGUUAGCCGUGUGUAUAGGUGCCGAUGCGACUUAUCCGGAAUUGCUGGAUAAGAAGAAGAGUCAUUUGCUGUGUCAUAAUCUGAAUUAUCGCAAUCGAAUGGCACAAUAUGCCGGCCGAGCUUCAGUGGCGCUUCACACACAUAUAUUUUUCCGCGAAAAGAUUCAGGAUGAAGAAGGAUACAUUCUCUUUGUUCGGAAAAAUGCUUUGCAAGUGCUUAUUCCGAAAUAUGGUUUAGAAGGAAUAUUGUAUCUAAAUAGUACUACUUCACCGUCCAUCACGUUCACGUACAAUUCAGAGGAUCAAUCGCAAACUUGCGGAGAUGUCGUAUUUCGGGCAUUUGAUCCUAUUGUCGUGCAAAUGAGUCUGGACAGGUCCAACGUUCAACAUGAGAAAUUAUUUUUCAAACUUGUGAAACCGGAAAUUCCAGAUUUCAGCGUUCCUCCAUUAAAUACAGAAACUCUCAGCGUCACCGAAGAUGACUCUACAAAAGAGGCAUUGAAACGGAAGGCAGAAGUUCAAGAGUCAGCCAAUGUUCAAAACAAAAAAAUUGGAAAGAAGAAAAAGAAGAAAAAUUAAGAAUAUUAUGAUUUUUCAAGUGUAAUACGAAUCGCAUAAUAUUCUUGACGCAUUUGCUGAAAUAAAAUUUGCUCUACAACUUUA